AUGGGGUCAAAUGCGGGAUUGACAUCAGAUCAGGUGAAGUUGAUCAAAGCGACAGUACCAGUCCUGGCCGCACACGGCGACACCAUCACAUCUGUUUUCUACGAGAAUCUCAUUCGCGAAAACCCUUCAUUGAACAACGUCUUUAACACUCCCAACCAGCGCAAUGGAAAACAACCCCGCGCACUGGCCGGCGCUCUGUUCGCAUACGCCUCCAAUAUCGACAAUCUCGGCGCAUUAAGUCCAGCCGUGGAACUGAUCUGUCAAAAGCAUGCCUCACUCUACAUUCAGCCCGAAUCCUACACGAUCGUCGGGAAAUACCUUCUCGAAGCAAUGGGCCAAGUUCUCGGUGAUGCACUCACCCCCGAAAUCAAGGACGCUUGGGCAGUGGCAUACUGGCAACUAGCCGAUAUCAUGAUCGGCCGCGAACACCAGAUCUAUGAGCAGAGCGAAGGAUGGACCGAUUGGCGCGAGUUCAAGAUUUCCGACAAAGUCAAAGAAUCAGACGAGAUCACCUCGUUCUAUCUCGCUCCCGUCGAUGGCAAGCCACUACCCACUUUCAAGCCCGGACAGUUCAUCUCAGUGCAGAUUUACGUACCGGAGUUGAAGCACCUCCAGCCCCGCCAGUACUCGCUCAGCGACAAGCCGAGCCCGGAUUACUACCGCAUCAGUGUGAAGAAAGAGAAGGGCCUCAGUGCUGACGCGACAGCUCACCCGGGUUACGUCUCCAACCUCCUUCAUGAUAACUUCAACAAGGGUGACACAAUCAAGGUCUCGCACCCAGCUGGCGAUUUCUUCCUCUCGGCCGUCGAGACUAGCAACCCCGUUGUUCUGAUCUCCGCUGGUGUGGGUCUAACACCGCUCACAUCAAUCCUCAACACAUUGACUUCUAAGCCGUCUGAGCGCAAACUGCACUUCAUCCACGGUUCCAGGACAUCAAGUGUGCGCGCUUUCAAGGAGCAUGUUACUUCCCUGACAACAGCGUACCCCGAUCUCCAGACCACUUUUUUCACCACCCAGCCUUCUGCAGCGGACAAGGAAGGGGUGGAUUACACCUACGCGGGACGCGUGGAUCUGAGCAAGCUUGAGUCCAAGGAUCUGUUCAUCGAAAACCCGGCGACGCAAUACUAUAUCUGCGGACCCGAGACAUUCAUGACCGACAUGGAAGCCAGUUUGAAGGCUCAAGGAGUGGAGGGCGAUCGCAUUAAGAUGGAACUUUUCGGUACUGGAGGUAUCGCGCAGUAA